AUGUCCUUACUCACUCUCAACCAGCACUACCAGCAGACCGAUGCGGGAGACCCCACUGAUAGCUCGGACCUACUGAGCUCCAACCAACCCUCGCUACUUUCAUCGUGCUCGGAGUCCUCAUCUGAAAUUGCUCUUGCCCAGGUUGUUUCCCGAAUGGAAUCAUCCUCCAGAGAACUUCCACCGCCGUCUGCCCUACCUCGCAUGCCUGCCGCAAUGCAUACUCCUUUGCCCCCGCCACCUUCGCACUGGCAAGGCACUGAGCCCAUGCAGCAAUGGUUGCGGGCUAAAGCUGAGGAGGAUCGUCGCAGCCAAGAGGAAGAGAAGACCCGACAAGAGACGUUGCGAUUGGAGCAGCGCAAGAUUGAACAAAAGAUUCUAGCCGAUUCUUUACGUGCAGGUGUUCCUCCUCAUUUGAUUCCAUUGAUAUUUGCUGGCAUAAACGGUGGGAAUGGUGGAAACAGUCACUGUAGUGAGACGAUCAACCAGUACAUGACACAUGCAUAUGCAUCUAGAGGUUUCUCAACUGCUCCUCCACCGUCUCAACAAUCAUUUUCUGGCUCAGCAGCCAAUUCUUUCGGUCCAUCAGUGCAUCUGUCAGUGUCACAAUCGAGUACAGCAACGGAACACCAGCGGGGGGUUAGUACAAAUUCGGGCGCCGGCUUGUAUCCCUAUCCUGCAGUCGUGAACGCGGGUGUUCCAUCGCCAGCAGGAAAUAAUAGUGCUAGACCUCCGGCAAACACCCCAGUUCCACCUCCAUUGCCUGCUCAGCCACGCGCCGUCGACAUGCAGCCUCAAGGCAUGCCCAAUCUCGCUUCUCCACAUAUGCCUCCACAUCCACCUCAAAUAAUCCCCACUUCUGGCCGGCAGGAUCCUCGGUCCAGUCGACCUCCACCUAUCUCUUUUCAUCAUUGGGUCCCUCCAGGUCAACCGCAGCCUCCGUCUCAGCCUCUGCUUCAAGCACCACCUAACAAAGGCCAGACAGCGGAUCCAGCUUUGGCAUCUGAUCCUGUAUCCCACGCCCAGGAUAUUACCGGUCAAAACUCUCCAAAUCGUAAGAGGAAAUCCCAAAACACCCACGCUCCGGUUGCCCCUCCCUCUGCUCGUUUGUUUGAGUCAGCUCAACGAGCUAUCCGAUCUGGUGCACAGAGCCCAGGCACUGGUAGACCGGAUCAGAAUGAGCAGCGACAAAGUGAAGUUUCUCACGAAUUUCUCACUGAGGCAGGCCCUAUCGGUCGACGCUUGUCAACGCCACAAACCAGCCCUAGAUCUCGAAUAGGAUCUGUUUGGAAUUCCCAACAAAAUUCACGCUCCCGAAGCCCCGAGAGGGACAUCCAGCACCCACCGCCAUCCCAAAAUCAGGCCGAAACGUCGGACAUGGAUGUCUCAUCGGAACAGGAAAUGGGAUCUGGUGAUCCAACUGGAAACAAACCCUAG